AUGGAAGUUAAAGAAAUAUCAUUGGAUAAUAAUAACCCAGGAGAGUGUACACUAUGUAGAGUUACCGGUACAAUAUUCCUUACCGGUUUAUCAGCAUAUUCAUUUUUGUGUGCAAGUAGAGCAAAGCCUAAAUCAUUCCACAGAAUGUUUUGUGCAGUAUUUGGGUCAUCAUCACUAUCACUAGGUACGUUCGUCCAAAACAUGUCAGAUCUGGACAAUCCUUCAGAUAAGGAAGUACAGAUGAGUAAAUUGUUGUACUAUUACCCUGAGGAUCGUAACAUUGAUGAUAAAUUAUCGCAUUUUGGACUCAUUGAAGGAUUAAUCGCACUUUCUAAAAACUACACAGAAGAGAAACUUGAAUUUAUACGGUCAAAAUUAUACACAACGACAGUAGUGCCAUGGUUUGAAUCAGUAUAUUUGGCGACGGUAAGGCCAGAAGUAGAAAUAAAAUCGGUGUUUCACAAUAACCAAGGAUCAGUGGAAGAAAAGGAUGAAUACAGUUACCACUGGAGAAACAAUAUGCUUAAAACAAUAUUGAACAAUGCAAUAAAAAUAUUUGAAAUGUUUUAUGGAAAGUUGGAGGAACAAUUAGAAAAAAUAAGAAAUGAUGAAAUGACACUAAAAAGUUUACAAAACCAACUCGACUCAUUUCUUGUCUCAUUUAUGAACAACUCGACAAAAAGUACAUUGCAUUUAUUGAAAGACGUUAAAGCAUUUAGAAAGUUGCACACAAACGUGCCAUUGACACUAGAUAUACAGUUGAUGAUCGAUGAUUUGUACCAUAAGUUUGAACCAAUAUUAAAGUCUAUGCUGAUAUAUAACCACCAAGUCAUACACUCGACACUGGAAACAGAGGAGAUUUUCCUGAUAUAUUCAUACAUCGUGAGGUACCACGGAGAAGUGAGCAGGGAGAAGUCGCUGACAGUCAAGUGGCCUGAAAGCAACGAGCUUUCAAUACUCGACUCCCAGGAAGAACAGCUGUACAGUCCGCAGAUAUACGUAAAUGGCAGGAAGUACACACUCACAAUAUUGGCAACGGGAGCGUCGAUAUUGAUACUGCUACUGGACACAAAUGAACCACUUAUCGUGCUAAAUUCAAUAUAUGAAUAUAUGAAUAAACUAAAAGUAAAUUUGUUGACACUAGAGGAAAAGUUAUCGAAACUGCCGGUUUUAACGAAUACGAAGUUUUUUGGACUGAAUAGGCUGUCAAAAAGCAUAAACAGGUGUGUUGACAAAAUUAUAUUAAAGGAAAUUUGCAGUGUUGGAUUUGAAAAUUUAAACGGGGAAGCAAUAGAGCAGCUGUCAAUAAUAUAUGAUCUACACAGUAUGAUAAACAACUCAAGAGAUCAGCUGCUCAACGCACACGUUAAAACGAAAACAACCUGGGUUAACACAAAAUACAGCAACUACAGGGAAGUCCACUACGUAAACGGCAGUAACAAUAACAAAUCAUCACUCUCUGAGUCGAAACGUGAGUAUAGUUAUUUUUACACACGCAAUCAUAAAUCAAGAUACACUAUUAAUUCUGAAUAA